AUGAUUGACUUCACGACAGACCGGCUGGGUGGCACGGAGUGGAACGACGUGAUUAGUUCUGUCAAGGUGCCAGAUGGGCAUCGCUGCCGGCUCUGGAGCUCCAAUAACUGCAACGGGGACAGUUCGCCGGAUAUAUAUGCGCCGGGGGCAAAGCAGCUACCGGGGGGGAUGAACAACCGUGCGACCAGCUUCAAGUGCUACCAGAAUUAG